AUGGGAUAUUCCACCAUUUCACCUUUACCCUACACCUCCAUUUUGAAGUUCACCAUUGAUGGGCGUCCAAGUAUUGAAGACACCCAUGAUUUGUUCUCUGCAUUGAUAUCCCAUAUCUCUUUUUCGACUCAUCGAUACAUGUUUAGAAAUUACAGUAACACAUUCACAUCUGAAGACGCUAUUCAGGAACUGGGCACAUUCAAAUUCACCAAAUCAUUCGAAUCAACAGAGUACACAAAUGAAGUCAUUUCGACCACAACUUUUCAAAUGUGUCGAGACAUGGCAAAGGCCUUGAUCCAGCAGUUUCUGUGGACCCGUCUCAUCAUCAAUGCGGUGGAGCCCUCAAAUAGAACUUACCGAGAUAAGGGCCUCUGGCGUCUUAGUUCAAAGGGCCUCUGUGUGUUUCAAGAAUUCUGUGUCAAGACUAAAAUGGAUAUUGGCAAAUUUGCUGCUUAUGUUGACCCCUCAGCCAGACUUAUAUUCUUGAUCCAGAUCGAGCGAUUACGAGACAAUGAUAGAAUCAAUAACAAACGAAAGUAUAUUUCGUGCCUGUUUACCAUCAUGAUUGCUAGUUUGCCUCUACGCCACAAUUACUUUAAUGUAGGCAAAACUACAUCUGAAGAUGCACAUUCCAUCCACUCGUCUGACUUUGGCUCUACCAACUCGGCAUCUCGAAACAUGAUAUUUUCAGACUACUUCCCUUAUAUCAAGAUACUGCCUAAUGAUCUGUUGGUCGGUGUCAGUUACAAGUAUCCGCAGUGGUCAAAUCAGAAAUCAUCGUUUCAGCAACAAAAGGCAUUACUACAAAAUUUGAGUCCAUCAUCAAGAAAAUUCAAAAUGCGGGCUAUAUUCACAUCUCUCUUAUGCUGCAACUGGUUGAUUGAAUUUUGUACUGUAGCAUCAAAUGAUGAGGCUGAAAGUAUUAUGACGGAAUUCUUAAACAUGGGUUGGAUAACAUUUUAUGAUGAAAAAUACAGACAUUCUGAAUAUAUCGAAUCAUCUAAAUCAAUCACUCUCAACAUGACUAGGGAAGGCAUUAAAGUAGUCAUGGACGUUUCAUUGAAGCAAUGCAAUGACGUGCUACAGCAGACUGUGGACGAUCAUCUAUCCAUUAAUAGGAGAGGCUCUACUAUAUCAUCAUCAUCGAAUAGCAACACAGAUUCAUAUCACACUGCUGUUCAGCACCAAUCUCUAAUCGAGGAAAAAUAG